GGAUUUCGGCGGAUGUAGGUAGAGGUAGUGUAGUAAGGGUACCGGAAAUCGACUGCAUGGGACCAGGGGCAAGCUGCCCGGUGAGAUGCAUUCUGGGUUUCCGGUCGCUUAUUCGUCUCCUCAAAUCUUUCCGCUCCUACCUAACCUACCUAUCACUACUUUCUUUGUUUUCCUUUUCGGUCAUUCCUUUUGGUUUCUUCUGGUGUUGGACUUGGGCUUUGAAGCGUCAUGGACUGACCCGACCAUCUCGAAGCUUAUCUUUCUGAUCCAAACAUCCCCCCUCCUCCGGGCGUGCUCAGGCCCCCCGCCACCCUACACUAAAAAUAUACCCCACGAUCCUGACUCCAGCCAGAAGGCUUGGCAACGAAAAGUCCAGCCUCCAGCCUUUCCAUAUUAUCAGGAUUCAGGGCACCAGGACCCAAGUCCUUGGACAUUCUUCAGCCUAUCUGGCCUGACCUCCGACUUUCCGACUCAACCUUGCACAAACACACAGAUUAAACUACGUAUACACAACUGUCGGCCGGGCACGCGACCCGGGACACUCGGGGUCUUUAGUACUGCUCGUUGUUGGACUUUACCUGAUCUCUUCUACACUACUAUACGAGGCUCAUCUCGCUCGCAAACAGCAACCGUUUCAACUUGCUCGUUAACGACACCGACUCCACCGGCCCUCUUAAAACUCCGUCAAUCACUGCGUCUCCGUCAGACGAUCCGGGUCGCCUUAUUCCCCGUCUCUAAGCCCCAUCUCUAAGCCCGAGCUUACAAUUCCACAACGCUGGCAAACCCCUUUUUGGUUUUCGACAGUCGACGUCUAUCUACAAAGCCUUUGUUGUGUUGUUUCGUUUUGUCUUGUUAACCAACCACGUACUUUCACCGCGUCCUGUUGGCCUUUCCAGAAAUAAACGCCGAACCUUUUUACUAGCUUUGAGUCUAGCCAUUCACGCCUGCGGAGCCGCGCUUCAGAUCUGCCCGUCCUUCUUCAAACGGUUCUGGACUUGUUGAGUU